AUGAAUGGUUUCACUGUGGAAUAUUUGAAACAUAACUUCAGUUCAUUGAGUUUGGAGCAAAAAAUUGAAAUAAAAAAUGCGGGAAGACCUACACCAGAAAUUAACUUAACUCAGACCACAAAGGGUAAAUCUAGAGACUUUAUUAGAAAGUUUAAAAUGGAAAUAUAUGAAAAGAAUAACUGGAUUUGUGGAUGCAGCACAACAAACCGUUUGUUUUGUUUUUCCUGUUUGUUGUUUGGUCACGGGGUUGCAGAGCCUGCCUGGACAAAAAAUGGAAUAGCCGACUUAGGACAUUUAGCACAAAAAAUUAAGAAACAUGAAAACACUCAAGUCCAUAUCAAUGCGCAACUGGAAAUGCAGCUUUUGGGAAAAGUAGAUAUACGGCAGCAGUUGGACAGUGCAUAUAGGCGCAGUAUUCAACAGCAAAAUGAACAAGUUAGAAAGAAUAGGUAUGUGCUUUCAAAAAUUAUUGAUUGCAUAAAAUUUUGCGGAGCUUUUGAAUUAGCCCUCCGCGGUCACGACGAAAAAGAUGGUUCAUCAAAUCCUGGUAUUUUUAGAGGUUUAAUAAAUUUCACUGCCGAAUUAGAUAUAGCACUUAAAGAUCAUUUUGAAAAAUCGACAGUAUUCAAAGGGGUAUCAAAAAUCAUUCAAAACGAAUUGUUAGAUUGCAUGUUACAAGUGGCUCAGGAAAAUAUAAGGAAAGAAAUUUUGGAAGCUGAAUUUGUUGCUGUUAUGGCUGACGAAACAACGGAUGUAGCUAAUUGUUAUCAAAUGACUACAGUAUUUAGGUACAUUCUACCAGAUGGAAGGCCAGUUGAACGUUUUUGGAAUUUUGUUACCCCCCCUGACCACGAUGCAGUUAGUCUCUCAGAAUGUGUGAGAACUAAUUUAAUACAAGUGCUAGACAAACCAGAGAAACUGAUAGCUCAAAGUUAUGACGGCGCUAGUGUAAUGAGUGGACGUCGUGGAGGUGUUCAAGCUCUUAUCCAACGCGAUUAUAUUUAUGCUUAUUUCAUUCAUUGUUAUGCCCACCAGCUAAAUUUGAUUUUAUUGCAAGCUACAAGCCAAAAUCAAGAAGUACGGGUAUUUUUUUCAAAUUUAAGCGAUAUUUCAACUUUUUUUUCUCAUUCUCCACAACGAGUUGCAGUUUUGGAUGACAUUGUUGGUGCAAGAGUUCCUAGGUCUUCUGUUACAAGAUGGAAUUUUAAAAGCAGAUCUAUAAAUACAGUAUAUGAAUAUCGCGAAUUGUUAAUAGAAUGCAUGGAAAAAAUAGAAGCUACUUCAAAACAAACUGUUACCAUCAAUCAAGCCACUGGUAUUGGCCGUAUGCUACAAGAUUCUAAGUUUGUGUUCUGGCUAACUGUAUUUCAUCGAAUAUUGCCACAUGCUGAUAUUUUAUAUAAUCAGUUACAAAAAACAGUGACUGACCCAGUGCAAAUUCAGACUGCCAUAAAGUGUUUUGAAAACUGCAUCCAAAAAGAGAGAGACUGCUUGGAAACAAUUGAAACUGAAAUUUCUGAAGAUACCACUACUACUCAAACUAAAAAGCGUCGUGCAAAUGAAGACCAGCAUAUUUGCAGAGCUGUUGCAGCCAAGGAAGUUUGUGAUACCAUAAUUACACAUGUAACAGAUAGAUUUUCUUUUACAAACAUUUAA